GUUUACCGUCAUGGCGAUAGAGCACCUAUGGUAAUAUAUCCAAACUCUCCUAAUAGGGCUAAAGUUUGGCCUCAAGGAACCGGACAACUGACCCAGAGAGGAAUGCGACAAGAGGCAGCAUUAGGAAAAUUUCUUAAGAUUCGCUAUAUCGAAAAUUUUCGAUUUUUGAAUAGAAGUUACAUUCGAAAGGAGGUGAGUAUUCGUAGUACGAAUGUAGAUCGGACAUUAAUGAGUGCCGAAUCCCAACUCAGUUCAUUGUAUCCACCUCAUGGUAGACAGGUCUGGAAUAAAAAUCUUGCCUGGCAGCCAGUACCAAUCCAUACCGUACCUAAAGCGGAAGAUACGUUAUUACUUGCCUAUAACUUGCCAUGCAAAAGGUAUAUGGACCUAAAAAAACAGUAUCGGAUGUCUGCAGAGUAUAAAAACUUUUCGAAUAAAUACGAGGACUUUCUUAAAAAUGUCAGCAAGCUUGCUGGCUACAAGAAACCAUUAAACUUAAGCAAUUCAUGGAAGCUAUAUGAUUCGCUAUUUUGCGAGCAACAACAUGAUCUCACCUUACCAAAAUGGGCUACAAACGAAACUAUAGAAACAUUGCACCAUAUUUCUAAUUUUGGUAUGAUGGCUCUGUUUCAUGGAAAGCCAGCUCAACAGAUAGCUGCUGGAGUGUUAGUUUAUCGUAUAAUAAACGAUAUGAAAUUAGUAAGAGCAGGAAAAAAGGACAGACCUAUCAAAAUGAUGAUGUAUUCAUCACAUGAUACUACUGUAAUGGCGCUACUUUGUGCACUUUCUAUCGCAAAUGGAUUGCAACCACCUUAUAGUGCGGCUGUACUGAUAGAACUAUACGUUGACAAUAAAAAGGAUUACUUUGUGCAAAUAUUGUAUCGUAAUUCUACAAAUUCACCGUAUGUUUUAACCAUUCCUGGAUGUAGUACUUAUUGUCCUCUGGAUAAAUUUAUAAAGUUGGUUUUUCAAUUAAAGUGA